ACGACUCACUCGGCUGUCACUAAAACUGGACGCACGGCUUGCCGUACCAGCAGGAGUUUACAUUUUUGCGUGAUGACAUCAAUAUUACACGUUGCCUGACGUCCACUGUUGAGUUUGCAGAGUCCGGUCGGUUCUGUAAGAACCGAGCCAGCCUGUGUUGUUUUUCUACGGAUGACAGCGGCCAGCUCGGUUCGGCCCGCAUCCAGCAGUCGUGUGGCGGGUCUGCGUGAGCGUGCGGCUGCGGGACUCUUCUGCGGGUGACGUCCGAGGCCUUUUUGUUUUGGAAACAUCCGAGGCCUCCCUCCGGCAGCGAAACUAACCGAGCGGGUUACGCAGCCAUCAACGCCGCAGAUUCAUGCCGGACUCCGGCGGGGAAGCCUCGCAGAGAACCGGGCCCGCCAUGGAGCUCUGACUGUCCGCUCAGCCCCGCAGGUCCGGGAGUUUAGGGUCCGUUUCAGAUCCGGCUCGUGGUUCCGUCCAACGACUGCAAGAUGUGGCUGAAGCUCUUCUUCCUGCUGCUGUACUUCGUGGUUCUGUUCGUGCUGAGCCGGAUCUUUGAGGCGGUGGUCUGGUAUGAGACCGGCGUGUUCGCCACGCAGCUCGUGGACCCGGUCACGCUGAGCUACAAGAAGCUGAAGACCAUCCUGGAGAGCCGGGGGCUCGGACACUCCGGACUGCCCGGGGGGAAGGACGUCAGCGAGCUGGUGGAGAAGUCCGGAGAGCUGACUCAGGGGGAGCUGUACUCGGCCAUGAAGAAGGAGAAGGAGCAAACAGAGGCUGGAGAUGUCGAAACCACCCUCUUCAACGGGGAGGCGCACUUCUAUGAGCUGGUGGAGGACACAAAAGACGGCAUCUGGCUGGUUCAGGUCAUCGCCCAGAACCGAGAGGCUCCGCUCAGCAAGUCCAGCUGGGGGAAGAUGGUUCGGAAAGUCUCCCAGUUUGGUAUCAGAACCGGAACCUUCAACUGUUCCAGUGACCAUAGGUCGUGCAUAAAGCGUGGCUGGCAGCGCUCCACCCUGGUCAUGUCGGCUCCGCAGACGUCGGCGUCGAAGGGAAAAGUCAUGCUGAAGGAAUACGACGGAUGGCGCAUCGACACGGAACACAUCUUUCGCUGGAUAACAUCUCACGUGGCUCACCGGAUCAAGACGCUGCGCCGCUCCGACCAGCUGAUGGAGGAGUGGCGCUAUGACUCGGCUCGCCCCGUCAAGAUGUUCCUGUUUGCCCGCCUGCCGCAGCCGCCCGCCUUCUUCUCCUCACUGUCUGUCAAAUUCACCGGCAGGAUCGAUUUUAUUUUCGUGGACAUCUGUCGCUGGAGCAACUUCAGCAGCCUAUCAGACAUCGGCGUGACACGAAGCCCCGCCUACAUUCUCAAGAUGCCUGAGGGCACCUAUCGCUAUGGCAACAGUUUUGGGGAGUUCCUGUCCCUUGCGGCCAUGGAUGUGUUCCUGCGCUCCGUCCAGCCGGAGGUCAACGACCUGUUUGUGCUCAGUCUGCUGCUUAUCAACCUGCUGGCCUGGAUGGACCUCUUCAUCACUCAGGGAGCAACUAUAAAACGAUUUGUGGUUCUGAUCCGAACUCUGGGAACCUACAACUCCAUCCUGCUGGUGUCCUGGCUCCCAGUGCUGGCCCUGCUGCAGCUGCCCUACUUGGACUCUUUGUACGGCUACAGCCUGAAGCUGCUGCGCUACGCCGACACCACCACCCUGGCCAGUUUGGUGAGAGCUGAUUGGAUCUUCUACUCGUCCCACCCCGCUCUCUUCCUGUCCACCUACCUGGCCCACGGCCUGCUGGUAGACUACUUUGAGAAGAAGCGGCGCUGCGGGUCCAGGAGCCAGGAGGACAGCUCCACCAAUCUGGAGUGGCUGGCCAGCCUGUGGGACUGGUACGCCUCCUACCUGCUGCACCCCAUCACCUCCUUCCAGCAGGUUCCGUCUGACCUGUCCGACUGGGAGGAGGAUCCCAGCUUCCUGUUCGAGCGCCUGGCAUUCCCGGACCUAUGGCUCCGCCCCUUAGUGAAUAUGGACUACAUGAAAGCUUUACCCACCUGGAGGCUGUCGGUGGAGCCCCCCUCACCUCCCGCAGGCCCCCGCAGAGACAGCAGUGAAGGCCCGCCCCCAUCAUGUGAUGUCUCUGCCAGUUUGGAUGGAGGGGGCGUGGCCAAGAGGGAGCUGUGUGAUUGGUCGGAGUGGCCCCCCUCUGUUCUGCCGUGUUCUGAGUGCGUGGUGUGUCUGGAGAACUUUGAGAACGGCGAGCUGCUGAUGGGGCUGCCCUGUGGCCACGCCUUCCACCAGCACUGCAUCGUAGUGUGGCUGGCCGCCGGCCGGCACUGCUGCCCGGUGUGCCGCUGGCCCAGCUACAAAAAGAAGACCGCUGCAACACCCCCAAUGGACUGACCCGCACUUUAGAUGAAGGAAUGAAACAGAGGUCCUGAAGAUUUCACCCCAAUCCAGACCAGACAGGUUUCAGUAAAGAGGCUCCACCCCCAAAGUCCUGAUCCAGAACUCUGUCUGCAAAGAUCCAGCAUGGAUGGAGGCUGCUCAGCUGGUCAAUCAGCAGAUCUUUGGGUUUCUGACGUUUGUUUUCAGUUUGAAAACAAACGUCAGAACUCUGCACACUGCUGAACCCGUAUCAGAACCACCUUAGAAGCUCCUGAAGUUGAGAACAAAUGUAGAAGACAGAGAUUUGGAUCAGAACUUGUCACCAGAACUGCUGACCCCUCCUCCCCUCUGCCCUGCUGUGUUUAAAUACUGGAGUUGUGUGUAACUGCAGAGACGCCUCUGCUGGAGGACUUUAGCAACAGGAAUAAUUUAGAGUUCAAUAAAGAUCUGUGAAGGACU